AUGGUGGCAGCCGACGGAACGAUCCGGCUGCGGAGCUGGGGGUCGCGGGCUCUUCCCUCCUCAGCCGCAGCACCUCAGACAUCUCAAGCGCCCCUGCCCAGGCACUGGGACUGGGCCAGGGAACUGAAAACAGGCGGCCCAAGAGGUGACCCGGAGCAGCAGAGCAGCAGUGUCUCCCCGAAAAUGGAGAACCUGGAAGGGACAAACCAGACCCAGAACAACAGUGAGACCGCAGACCUGACCCAGCGCAGCCCCACGAUGGACGCUUGGUACACAGCCUGUCACGUGUUUGACAUCCUGACCCUGCUCACCUGCGUGUGCGGGAUGGUGGGCAAUGGUGUGGUCGUCUGGCUGCUGGGCUUCCGCGUGCAGAGGAACCCCUUCUCUGUCUACGUCCUCAACCUGGCGGUGGCUGACUUCCUCUUCCUCCUGGGCCUGUUCUCUAACGACUAUGCAGAAUAUUUCCCCCUGAACUGGGUAAUAACUUAUUUCUCCAUCAGUGUGAUGCUAUUUGCAUACGUUACCAGCCUGAGCUUCUUGACCACCAUCAGUGUCCAGCGCUGUCUGUCCGUCCUCUUCCCCAUCUGGUACAAGGUCCGCAGACCCCGACACCUGUCCACCGUGGUGUGCACCCUGCUCUGGGGGCUGAAUCUCCUGGUUAUCUCAAUGAUAGUUUACUUUGUUUUUGUUACGACACGUGGUCACAGUCAGCAAUAUGGAACGAUACUAACUUUCCUUAGCAUUCUCUUUCUGGGGGUCUUCACACCUGUUAUGAUCCUCUCCAGCAUGGUCCUCUCUGUGCAGACCCUGAGAAGACCCCGCGCGUGGCGCCGGCGAUCCUCCAGGCUGUUUGUGAUCGUCCUGGUCUCAGUCCUGGUGUUUGUGGUCUGUUCUCUGCCCUUUGGCAUCUACUGGACGCUCACGUACAGGCUCCCAAUACUGUCUCCUUGGUAUCAUUUUCUGUUAGAGGAGUUGACCCAAUUCACCUCAGCCCUGGGCAGCAGUGCCAACCCCAUCAUCUACUUCCUGGUGGGAAGUGAAAGUGGAAGUAGCCUGUGGGACCCUCUGACGGCCAUACUGAGCAGGGCAUUUCAGGAGAACCCUGAGUUGGGGAGGAAAGAGAUGUCCCCCACAAGUACCAAUGAUACAGAAACUGAGAGCCAGGAACCCAUGGGUUCUGCACAAUUAAAGCCAGCCCUGCCUUAG